AUGUCACUUCUCAAGCUUUCAAAAACUCGCGAAGAGGAUUUGUUGGCAAUUGACAAUAAUGAUGAGAUAUUCGAGCAAUUUCAUCCGGCUCCUCUGGCCACGAAGAAAGAUCUAGAUGCUCCCAAAAUGCCAAAUACGAUUGUCCCACAUGAGCUUCUUGCCGAAAAUUCUCGAAUGAUGCCUAAAUUGGAGAAUUAUCUCAAUGCACAAAGACUUCUUAUUGGAAAUGCGCAGACAGAGCAAUUUCUUUUGGAACUUAAUAGCGCAUCUCAAAUUAAUCGUGGUCCAGAUGGAAUUUUUGAAUCUUCUCGUCUUCACUGGGAUAUGCUUUUGAAUCGCGAUGAGACCAUCUAUCCUUCCGACUAUCUCAAUUUUGACGCCAAGAUGAAGCGCUAA